CCUGCUCCAUCUGACGCCUCCAGAGUAAUUUAUCAAUAAAAUCAAUAAAAUACGCUUAAUGUUGCACCGCUAACUGCACUAACAAAUGCACCAAAGACAGUUGCAAGGCUGAGUGCAGUCUGGUAAGCGUGGGUAAGGCAGAGAGGAAGGAAUGGAGUGAUUUUCGUGCGUUAAAUACUCAUUCUAGUGGGAAGUGACUGUUCAGUGAUGCGGAAACCCCAAACAACCUCUAACAACCAUGAAGGAAGCGACUCAGGUGAGAGCCGAGGGAGGCUGUGUCGCACCCGCAUUCCACGAUGUUUAGCUGAGCAAGGAUGAGUGUGGCGGAGUGUGGACUCUGCGUGGAGUGUGUGCCGCCCCCCCCUUGCCUUGAUCUGAGAGCCGCCGGCCGGGAUGGCGGGGAAACCAGAGCUGCUCGGAGAGACGCUGACCCGCCACUACCGGCUGUCAUGUGAGUUGUUCGGCACGUACCCUCUGCCGCACUUCACCCACCAGCUCUCUCAGGGAAGCCUGGACCUCCACCUGGACACUGUUGACUUGGACCACCUGGAAGCGUUGUGCCACACUCUCAAAAACAAAGUCUCGCCUUCUUCUCUCAGGGUUAUUGUGCCAACAGCCAAGGAAGUGUCUCCAAUGAUGGCAAGGGUGGUGGAGCGUGCAGUGGAGGGUGUGGGGGUGUGUGUGGUGGUCUCCCUCACCCUCUCCUCACUCAGCCUGGACGGUGUGAGGCUCAGAGGCAGGACCCUUAAGCUGCUGUGUGAGGGACUGAGAAAGGCCCGUACUGUGAAGACUCUGGUCAUGAGGAACUGUGGUCUGGGGGACUCUGGAACGGAGAGUGUGUGUCAGGCAGUCAAGAAUGUGCCCAGCAUCACCCACCUAUCGCUGAUCAACUGUGGGGUGGCAGAGAGAGGUGCCACUGCUGUCGCAUGUCUGAUAAAGCACCAGAGACUGAACAGGGACAGUGCGAUGUGGCAGGACACCCUCAGGCAGAGACAGCCCCACCUGGAUGGCAUGAAGGGGCUGCGUCGUCUUACUCUCAACAGCAACCCAGCAGUCGGGGACCAGGGCGUGGCUGCCAUCACUGAGGCUCUCACUGAGGACCUGUGGAUCAAAGCGUUGGACCUGCAGCACUGUGGUGUUGGAACGGAGGGCGGUGCCUCAGUCCGGGCUCUGCUGCAUGCCAAUCAGACACUGGAGGUGGUGGACCUGAGGAAUAACCCCUUCCUGCCAGAUGCUGUGGUGGGGCAGCUGGCCAGUCUCCUGCAGGGGCGAUGCUCAGAGGCCGGCUCUCAGUACAGUUUGCUCAGGACCUCAGAAGUGGAGGAGAAAGAGGAGGCUGUGUUGGAUCAGAAAGGAAGCACACCAGGGUACAGGGGCAGUGGAAGGGUCAUGAGGGCCAGGAGGGGCAAGCAGGUCCCUCAUGCACCCCGUAGCAGAAAGCCCACACCUCCAUCCCAGCUGGGGGUGCCCUGGAGGGUGGAGCACAGGCUGUAUGAGAGAAGAGAGGGACUUACGCCAGGUGCCAUGGUGAAGGAGUGCAGCAGGGAGUGGGAGAGUGCUGGUGAAGCCACACUGCCCUCCAAAGAGUCUGUUCCUGAGGCAGAUGUGACCGAGAAGAAGAUGAGGAAGAAACUACAGCUGUACAAGAAGAAAUACCAGAAGGAACGUGAGCAGAGGAAGAAGUUAGAGCGUAAGCUGUCCCGCAUCCAGACACAGUUGCAUGGCCUCCACACGCUGGAUGAGACCACUGUCUCCCACAUUGAAGAGUGUUUCCUUAAGUUCCACAUCUUCCUCUCUUUGAUGCAGGAUUCUGGGGAAGCCCCACAGUCAUCAUCAUCCGGCAGUGUCAGUCCACCUCAUCACCCACCUGUUGAACCAAGCAGGACCCAAACUCACCCAGCCAGCACCCUUCUUUCAGGAAUCUUAUCCUCCCUCCCACCAUCCACAAUACCUAUCCCUGUAGUCAUUCAUCAGCCUUCCUCCUCUGACAGCCACCCCAUCCCUGUAUCUCAUCCCAGUGACAGCAAGUAUGGAGGUAAUGUAAGUGAACCAGAACUGUCAGAUAGAAGGAAAAAAGAGACCUUGAAUAUUGUAAGUCCUGAGCAGAAUUUUGUGAGUCAAGGCCACACAUCUGAGAGUGAAAGACAAGAGAAGAAUGACACAGGAGUUACUUCAGAAAUCAUGGGAUCUAAUCACCCUAGAAACACCUCUUCAUCCACACAGGCCCAACUGGAAAGCAAGGAAGAUGGAGGUGAGGGAACAAUGCCAGAUAAAGAAAUGGAUGAGGAAAUGACUCCUAAGAUGAAGAAAAGUAAGCAUAACAGUGAAAAUCUAAGCAACAAAGGUAGUGAUUCUGUGCCUUCCUAUUCAAGUCCAUUGAAGGAGAAGGAGAAGGAGAAACAGAAGAGAAUACAAGUUAAUGAUGAUACUCAUUGGGAUCUUGGUGAACUGAAAAAGAAUGCAAAGGAACAAGAAUUAAUCAUUCCAUCCAGUGCUGAUUCUGUUGCAGUGAGUAUGGAAUUGAGGGCUGACAAAAGUGAAGGAAUUAAUGAUGAGUGGAAUAAUGAGAAGACUGAUGAACACACUAAUGGAAUAGUUGGAAAGAGAAGCCUGUCUGUGAAAGGAGAUGAAGAGCUUGAGAGAGAAGCACUGUCUGAGGAGCUUUCAUUCACAAACAAAGUCAUGGAGAUCCACACUCUACAAGGACUCAUGGAAGGCAAUUGGCACCAAGAAGGAGAAAAAUCCAUGGAAGAAACACAUCUUUCAGAAUCAAAAACUCAAGGAUCAGUAGCAAGUCAGUCACCCAUCACCUGUCAGUCACCUCAUGCAGACCAGUCACCUAAGAGUCAGAUCCCUAAACAAGGACAGGUACCCCAGCAAAGUCCCUCAAGUCAUCUGCAUCAUGAACAUCUAUCACCAAACCAGAUAGCUCAAGAACUAUCAUACCAACACACAUCAGAGUAUGAAGAUUCAUCAGAUAGCCAGUCCCCAUCAAGCCAAUCACUCCCAAGCCAGUCACCAAGGAAACCCCAUCUGGUACAAAGACGCCAGUUACCUCAGAGAAGCAAAUCCCCAAAGAAGAGCAGGUCACCUAGAAAGGAACCACUGGGAGUACAAGGCAGUGAGGUGAGUGAGACGGAUGAUGAGAAAAUGAGGAAUCUGAGUGCGUGGCUGCAAGGUCGGGUGCGAGGAAGAGCCACCACACCCUCAUCCUCCUCCUCUGUAUCCAUCAGUGAGCACCUGCAGCACUCGCACACCUCCUGGACCAAGAGAAAGAGUCGCCAGAAAGAACGAGCAAGGGAGGAGGAGGAUGGGGAAGUGGAGGAGUUGCCUGGUGGGAGUGAGAUUGACUUAAGUGACUGUGAGGAUUUGAGUCUUUCUGGCCUCACACUGACCAACACAUCUGUUCCUGAGGAUAUAAACACAGCUGGUGAAGAGGAUUUUUAAACUCCAAGGAAGAAUGCAACACUUAAUAUCCCUGAGGAGAAGGAUCAAACACCUUAUUUCUCUCAAAGGAUUUCUGAACCUAUUCAAUAGUCAAAAAUGAGGAACACUGGAGAUCAGAACUUCAGAAACAAAUGAACAACUUGAAUCUGUCCUUAAAGUUGUGAAGGUAAGACUGGUGGUGGAGGAAAAAGGGAAAAAGAAUUAUCACCAGGGGUUUAAGUCAAUCAGGUGCAAAUCUAAUUAAGGUAGAUAAAGAUUUACUCAUCUUGUAUGUUCUAGUCUUGAAAAGUUACAGUAAUGGAAUAAAAAAGGAAAAAAGAUUAAUUUAUAAGCAGGGUUUUGUCAGUCAGUUUAAGUCAGUCAAGUGCACAUCUAAUACAGGUUGACAAAGGUCCUCAUUGACACAGUUGCCUCACAUGCUUCUAGUCUAGUUCUAAUCAUAAGUUCUAGUCAUAAAAUAAGUAAAUAUAUAAUUAAAUAUACUUUUGUGGAUCAAUAAAGUAUAUGUAUUUGUA